AUGAUUGACCAAAAAGCCUUCGACGAAGGAACCUUCAACACGAACCCGGAAAAGUUCAAAGAGACUAUCGAUGUGCUUCCGCAAGAGAAAAUUGCGGAAGCUCCUACGGUACUAGCGAACGUUCAUCCAGCGGCGGAUUCAGACAGUCACACCGAUCGUGUCGCUCGCGUCGAUAACAAGGCAAAAAAACUCAGAGAUUCUGUCGAGCAGGCUAGGACCGAGACUUUACCCUCGCAAGAGGGUGCCACGCUCGACCGUGGUUUCGCACAGCAUAGCUCAUCUUCGGACUACGCGAGCUCUUCAGGUGACAAUGGAAGCAAGCUUCAUGCGGGUCAAACACGCCGCAUCACAAACGAUGGCAUCAUAGGGUUCAAAGCGUGCCCUUUUAAAGGCCCAGCAAGGGUUGCAUCAAAGGAACAUCGCCGGAAGGUGUCGCUAAAGCUUCCUAUCAAUGUUGCUACCCCUCAGCGAGUCUGUGCACGUUCAAGCACACAGCACACGCGCGGCGUUUCAAUCAGCACCGACGAUAGUGCCGUUGCUCCCUACGAGGCGGAAGAGCGUGAGUUGGGGUACAAGCAUCGGCACAUCUUUGUUGGUACCGCGUCUUUGGAUGACUUUCUUGAAAUCCUUGAGGUUACGUCUACAUACACUACGACGAAACGGCAGGUUGUUAAAGCUUUCGGCAUCCUAGCUUGCGCCGAGCAGGUGCACGCACGUCAGUCUUCAAACUCAUCUGAUGGUUGGAACUUCGUAACCCGCACGACGCACGACGACAUACUCACCCAUACAGACUAUCUCACGGAAGCACACGUCAAGCUCGGAUCCAUCUCCCUGGGCAAGUUCCUCGGGCAGAUCCCGUUUGACGACAAAGGCGAUGUCGCUGCGGUCAAGGUCGUGGACGCGUUUUGUCUUGCGAGCCACCUCGACGGCGAAGCUAGGUACGGAGCACAGUCGAAAGCUAAAGCGUUCCGCAGCUGGUAUGUGCGGGAGAGUGCGGUGAAGCAGGAUUCUUGA